ACAGGAGUCAGGGAUGUCUGCAUGCCUGGAAAUACAUUAUUAUCUUUAUAAGAACGAGGCUUCAACAAAUCCACACCAACACUCCCUCCUAUCUAUAGUUGUCGCAGACGGGUGUCGAAUCGCAUGUUCAUUAACCAAAACACCUUUGGUUUUGCGACGGGUUUUGCGCUGACAUUAGCUAGCGUUAGCCAGCGUUAGCUCGCUAACGUCCUUUCUUUGCGAGUUAGUUAUUUAGCCAACGGCUAAAACGGAAAGAAAAACAUGAAGCGCACGGGCAGGAGACGCAGCUCGGUGUGGGACUGUUUUGAACAACUGGGGAACUUUGUCCGCUGCAUGAAAUGUGACGCGAGAUUGAAGUACUGCGGCGGAGCAACCAGCUCCAUGAUAAACCACAUGAGCCGGCACCAUCCGUCCACCGCGCCGUCAGACGAGGACGAGAAGCCGGUGAUCUGCACCGUGCAGUGCGUCGACGACGAGAGCGCCGCCGCCGCCGGCGCGGACAUCAUGCAGGUCGCCAUCAUGUCGCCCCACGUCAACGCGGGGGCCCGCCUCUCCGAGCGCGAGUACGGCGAGAGGAAGCGCCUGAAGAGGAGCUCCGUGUGGGACAUUUUCGUCAAAGUGGACGAGGAGGUGCACUGCACGAUGUGCGACACCAAGCUGAAAUACAGGAGCAGCACCACCAGCAUGAUGUACCACAUCAAGAACAAGCACCCCGACACCAUGCCCGGCGACGGCGGCUCGGGCGCCACGCACGCGGAGGUGACCGAGCUCAUUUCCAGGAUGAUCGAGAGGGACAUGCUGCCCGUCAGCGUGGUCGGCGGGGACGGGUUCCGGGAGCUCCUCGCGCACACGGUGCACAAUUACAAAGUGCCGUCCGCGGCAGAUGUCACGCGCCUCGUCGAGGGCCACUUCCACGAGAAAGCGGAGGAGCUCGUGGCGCAGCUGGCCAACGUGGAGAAGCUGGCGCUCACGGCCGACCUGUGGACGGCCCUUCCCUUCCAGAGGUACGUGACGGUGUCCUGUUCCUUCAUAACGGCGGACUGGCAGGGCAGGUCGGCCGUGCUGCAGACCCACAAGCUGCCGUCUGACGGCCACGCGCCCGCAGACGGCGUGACGGGGAGGCUCCUGAGCACCGUGCAGAUCUGGGGCAUCGCCGGGAAAGUGACCGCGUGCGUCCACAACAGCGCGCGGGGCAUCUCGUCGCCACAGGCGUUCAUCCGGGGCACCUGGGACUACGCCACGUGCUUCGCCACCACGCUGCAGGUGGCGGUGAGCGACGGGCUGAGCGAGGCACUGGUCGGCGUCAUCGUGGCUGCGGGGAAACUCGUCAAGCACUUCAACCGCAGUUUGCUGGCGAGUGAAGCCUUGGAGACCAAGCAAGUGCAGAUGUGCCUGCCGCAGCACGCGCUCAUCCAGUCGUGCAAAGCUCGAUGGGACACCAUCUGUGAUAUGUUCGAGCGGUUGCUGGAGCAGCGGUGGGCCAUUAAGGCCGUGCUGUCCGAUCGCACCAUCACCAACCGGCAGGAAGCCCAGAGCUUAGAGAUCGAAGAUGAUUGCUGGCAGAUCAUUGAGAACUUCACGCCUGUGCUGGCAACGCUGAAAUGGGCAACGACAGUGAUAUCUGCAGACACAGAAGUAUCCAUUUCGAACAUUUACCCAAUCACUUUCAGCCUCAUUCAGACCCACCUCGUGCCAAGGGAGAAUGACGUUGAACAAGUCUCUGAGUUCAAGCUGAAAGUUCAGGAUUCACUUAGAAAUCACAUGGAGGUAGACUCUAGCGACCUAGCCUCCAAACCAGCUCUGAUCGCCUCGAUGCUGGACCCCCGUCACAAACACCUCAGUUUCCUGACGCCAACGGGGAGACUGGCUGCAAAGGUUAAACUGCACGAUCUGGUUUCAAAAUUAGAUGUGAUAACGGCUACUGUGGGCCCGAAGGAUGAACAGCAGGAGAUCCCGGUCACACCGGAUAUCAGCCAGGUGGCAAUGCCCGCGCAACUGAGAAGUGACACCAAAAACACCAUGAUGUUACUCUUGGGGGACAACUACAGUUCCCCCUAUGCCACAGACUCUGAAGCCCAGGUAGAUUACUACUUGAGGGACAUUGCUCCGUCACUGGACAUAAACCCUCUUGAAUGGUGGAGGGUGAACGGACCAAGGUUCCCCAAAUUAGCCACUCUGGCGAGGCACUAUUUGUGCGUGCCUGGGGUAUCGCUGCCGUCUUUAUUGUCCGAGGCUGGACAAAUAUUUGCAACAAUGCGCACUAGACUGAGCCCCGAGCAUGUUGACAUGAUGAUCUUUGUAAACAGAAAUGCAUAACUUGCAUAGCAGUAUAUGAUGGAGGUUUACUCGGUCCUCCAAUAAUAUAAAUGUCUUACGGAGCUGCAAAGUUCAAGUUGAUUGGAUGUUACAUAAGAAGAGAUGGCAGCUACUCUUCCACUGUUGAUGGGUUGCGGAUGUGAAUAACGCUACAAACUUUUUCUUCAGAUUUCAAAUCAACUAAAAGUUAGAAGGCUGCGAUGCAGUCAAAAGGACUACACCUAAACGUGUUCCCGUGUCUGCCAGAGCUUUACGGCUCGGCGGGAGGGAGUUUGCGAAAACACAACACUUUUUCCAGCGCACGCUGGCUGUCAGGCACGAUACAGAGAGCAGAAUAAACUCACAAUCAUGUAGAGAAGGAGGUAACCUGCCGUGGUUUAAAUAAGGUAAAUGAUGUAGGACUAGUUAGUUUAAUGAAAGAACACGGUUUAGACCGGUUCUACAGGGAAGAUUAUGUAAACAAUAUCUGAGUAAACUUAAUGUUACUUCCAAUCUAUAGUAUUCAGCAUGAAACACCAGGCACACACGCGCAUCUAGCUGGGAAGCACAAGGUUGGUGGUUCGAGUCCAGGCGGUUCAAUGUCGAAGUGUCCCUGAGCAAGACACCUAACCCCUAAUUGCUCCCCGGGCAAAAAUGUGAAAAAGCCAUGGGUUUAAAGUGUAAUGUAAGUCGCUUUGGAUAAAAGCGUCUGCUAAAUGACCUGUAAUGGAAACGCCCCUAACCCUGUAACCUUUACCUCACCACUGCUAUUCUACUUAGAACAGAUAUCUAUAUGAAUAGUUUACAAAUCAGAAUAAACCUCUGGUUUGUUUGCAUAUUUGCAUUAUCAAUACAGCUAGAAACUCCUCUACCAAACUAACACUGUAAUUAAACAAAAAUAAUGUGAUAUCUGUAGUGUCUCAGUAUGCAAAGAUUAAAUACAUACAGCUGUAACAGAUGUGUAA